CAGAACCAGGAACACAUUCUCUUUCAGGUACUGAUAAAAUCUUAAGUAGCGGACACUGAACCUCAAGCUCCAGCCAUUCAUUUUUUUAUCUGUGGAAGAAACUGACCGAAGUGAAAUAGCUUACUAAACUUUUUUCCCCCAACUGAAGUCGGAGUUUGAGCUUUGAACUCAGCUUAGGGUCAAAAGGUCAAGGAGGCAUUGUCAAUAUGAGGACUUUAUUGGUCCCAUUUUCUUUGCUGCUGCUGCACCUGUCCCAUUCAUGGGGAGGCAAGAUCCUGGUGUUCCCAGUGGAAGGCAGUCAUUGGAUAAACAUGUUGAAAAUCAUAGAAGUUCUUCACACCAGAGGUCAUGAAAUAGUCGUUCUGCGGAUGUCACCGAGCUGGUACAUCAAAGAGAACUCUCCUUUCUACACAUGCAUCGCUGUACCAGCCACCAGCUUUGAGGAGAGUUUUGAAAUAUUUGUUUCUCAGCAGUUGAAGAUAAAGCUACAGACAGAUCCUAAAUCUUUCUGGUCUCGUAUGUGGGCUGAUAUGGAGAUCCGGUCUUUAAUGGUGGAGCAGUUCACUAUUUUCCAUCACCAGGUUGGGGAUCUCAUUGUUAAGAUGCUUGAAGACAAAGAUAUGAUCCAGAAACUCAGAGACACUCGCUAUGACUUGUUUUUAACUGACCCAGGUCAUGGAGGAGGGACAAUCUUGGCUAAAUACCUCAAACUUCCUUUGGUUUAUAAUGUCAGAUGGACUAUUCAGGGUGAGGCUCACUUUGACAUCGCACCUUCACCUCUGUCCUAUGUGCCCUUCACUGCCACAGAGCUGACAGACAAAAUGACCUUUCUUCAAAGAGUGAAAAACUGCCUUAGUUCUGUCCUAGGAAGAUAUACAAUGUCAGUUAUCUCUCAGCCGGUCUAUAAACCAAUACUGAAGAAGUACUUUGGUCCUGAUGUAGAUUACUCUGCAUUCUUCACAGAUGCUGAUAUUUGGCUGAUGAGAAAUGAUUUUAUUUUUGAAUACCCUCGCCCCACGAUGCCCAAUGUGGUGUAUAUGAGUGGUUUUCAGUGCAAGCCUCCCAAAGCACUUCCUAAUGACCUGGAGAAGUUUGUGCAGAGCUCAGGUGAUCACGGCGUAAUACUGAUGAGUUUGGGGACAUUAGUGUCUCAGCUCCCUCCACAGAUCACUGAGGAGAUCGCUGCAGCCUUCGCCCGGCUACCCCAGAAGGUCAUAUGGAGGUAUUUGGGGCAGAAGCCAGCUAAUCUGGGCAACAACACUCUACUGGUCAAGUGGUUUCCACAGAAUGACCUACUAGGACAUCCCAAAACCAGAGUGUUUGUGACCCAUGGGGGCACCAAUGGACUUCAGGAGGCCAUUUACCAUGGAGUCCCAAUUGUAGGCGUCCCUAUAUUCUUUGAUCAGCCUGAAAACCUGUCACGAAUCCGAGCCAAGGGCGGGGCAGUGAUAGUGGACAUUGCAGAGAUGGACAGACAGGUGCUGGGAGAUGCUCUAAACACUGUCCUAAAUGAAGAGUCCUACACAGAGAACAUGAGGAGGCUGUCCCGGCUGCACAAAGACCAGCCCCUGAGCCCAAUGGACCAGGCUGUGUUUUGGAUCGAGUUUGUGAUGAGACACAAAGGAGCGCCUCACCUCAAGUCACACUCAGGCACACUGUCCUGGAUCGUCUACCACUCUCUGGAUGUCCUCAGCGCUCUGCUCUGUGUCUGUUUGUUCUUCAUAUGCUCAUGUGUCUAUGUGGGGAAGGCUGCGUGGAGAAGGAUUUUCAGGAGAAACAAAGUCAAACAGGGAUGAUGACACGAAUGACUAUAUUUAAUCAAAUAGUAUUUUUUUAAGCAAUAUACUGUUUAAUUACCUCUGUGAUAUUUUUAUGCCUUUCUGCACCAUCCAUUUUGUUCACAAAUAAACCACUAUAUGGCAGCAUUGCUCUCUUUUACUUCAGCAUGGCACAUCACCUUAUAAAGCCUAUUUGUUCUUUCUUAUUAUAUUUGAAUGUUUACAUCAAUUGUAAAAGUAGACAUGUUAAUAACUUUUCCCCUAAAAUCCUGAUAG